GACCACCCGGAAGACCCCGGAGCAGAUCACAGCCAGGGACCCAGGGAGUUACCAGCUACCCAGACAGACUGUGAAUCCUCCCUGGCCAGGUUCUUCCACCACAUUGCUCCGCUGGGGCUCUUCAGUUCCCUGGCCCGGCUCCUCCACAAACUCUCGGCCUGGGGCGGCCCGCCUGUCCCUGUGGAGAACAUUGGCAGCCUGGACGAUUGCGCCCCUUCCCUUGACAGGCCUGUGCGACACGCCAAGAAGCGUCUCGGCAGACUGGCACACUUCCUGUUCGCCAUCAUCCCCGCCAGGUUCCAGCAUGCCCUCGGCUACCUGCCGGCAGACUGCAUGGGUCAGAGCAGGAUCCCUGAGGAGAUCCAAAAAAGUCCAGUCAAGCCCUCGGGCAAAGGGAGCAAAAGGAAACAAGAUGAUGUUGCUCUGGAGGAGCAGCAGUCCUGGGUGGAGAUCUUGCAGCAAGAGCUACCGGAAGAGGAUGAGGCCGAAGACUCUACCUAUGAGCCAACACGAUCGGAGACGGACAGCGAAGAAUACAGGUCCCAGAAUGACACAGAGACCGACCUGGAGUUUGAAGAGAAAGACGGGGUCCUGGUGCUGAAGGAAUCACCGAGUCUGCAGGAGUCUGGCGAGAACAUGCUGGCUGCAGCAAGCAGCAAUACCCUGGAGCAGCAGGCUGCAGCGAGCAGCGGCGGUGGGGACAUGCAGGAGCAGCAGGCUGCAGCGAGCGGCGGCGGUGGGGACAUGCCCUGGAGCAGCAGGCUGCAGCGAGCGGCGGCGGUGGGGAUGCCCUGGAGCAGCAGGCUGCAGCGAGCGGCGGCGGUGGGGAUGCCCUGGAGCAGCAGGCUGCAGCGAGCGGCGGCGGUGGGGAUGCCCUGGAGCAGCAGGCUGCAGCGAGCGGCGGCGGUGGGGACAUGCAGGAGCAGCAGGCUGCAGCGAGCGGCGGUGACUGGGUUGAAGUGAUUGGUGAGGAUGUCUCUCCCCUGCACACAGGAUAAAUGGGGCCCCUGGACUCCUGGACCAAGUUUCUAUUUUUCCAAAGUGGCUGCUGUGGCUUUGAAAUGCCUGGUUCUCCCUUAGCCAGCUUUGCCCUGUGAAUGUGGAUUAAACUGUCUUAUAAAAUGCAAUGUUAAUAUUUUG